AUGAUAGUGAGUUUCUUCCCCGACAGUGUCUGGGGAUGUACAGUGAAGCAGCACCAAAAGCAGAAACACCUCCUGUACCAUAAGAUCAUCUACACCCUCAUUAGCGAUAAGUACAAAAGCCGCAUCCUGCGCCGGUCGUCCUUCGCCCUGCUCUAUCUGUCGUACGUGUUUAUUAAGAUGCUUCCGGUGACGCUCGCGAUCGAAACGCACACCGGCACCAAAUCGAUCACCUCGCUGCCGGUGAAAGCGCGCCCGCUGCCAGAAAUGGUGGCACCACCGCUUGACGAUGAGGACGACGACUACUUCGAUGAAUACGAUGAGUACGAUAUAGUGAAGAAUAAAUCGGCGAAGGGAAUGUACGUUGGGGCACCGUGCGAGUUUACGUGCCACCCCAAGCUACAUCACGUGUACUGUGAUCCUACGACUAACACCUGCAGCUGCGAAAAAGAUUACGUCGUGCUGAUUGGGAUACUGAAAGGAUGUGCCAAGCCCAAAAAACUUGGGGAACAAUGCUUCUACGAUCAGACUUGCAUCUACAACGAUGAGCAUGCGCUGUGCAUGCAGAUCGUCCACAAUGCCAUCUGUCAAUGUGCGCCCGGUUUCCACUCCGUUAGCUACUCGAAGCCAACGAAACGUGUCUUCUGCACACAAGACAUGGCCACCAUAACUGCGGAUCUUCCGACACUGUUCGGUGUCACGAGCGGCAUUGCCGUGCUGGCGGGGCUCAUUUGCAUGGUGCUGCAUUUAUUUAGCAAAACAAAAUAUCCACGACCUAGGCAUUUCGGUGAUGCGAACCUCGCACCGCCGAUACUCUUUUCCAGUGAUACAGGGAUACCAUUGACAAUACAGUCGGCAAGACCGUCAUCUCGUUCCAGUCAGCGCUCGAGCGGUUCCAUCGGUUCCUAUGGCAAUCGGCGACCGUCCAGUGCGCCGCUGCACGGCUCCAAAGGGGUCCUGGUCUCGACCUCCCGUACAGGUGCGGCCCGAUCUGCCGCCAUAUUGCUUGUAUCAUGUCACAUAUCUGCAAUUAGAAAUAGUAAAUCCACUAGUACCGAUUCCCAGCACCCCAGCAGCUAUCUGAGCGACGACAAUAUGACCAAAUAUCUCGAGCGCCAGCUGGAGCACCAGAAGCAGCUGCUCUACCUGGACAUACCGUCGCUCAGAACGCACAAUAAGUUGUUUUCCAAGUUUUGCAAGGCCACCGCGCUGAUCGGCAGCGGAAACCACACGUCGAGCGUGAACGUGCACGGCAGGGACAAUGAUGGGACCGGCGUCGGGCAUGCCGCGGGUAGCAGCAGCACCGCCGGUGGCAGCAACGGGCAGUACCACGCACCGUACCAUUACGGCACCUCCACCAACGACGAUUCGAGCUUCGACGACGAGGACGGACAUGGUUCCCGAAGACCAAGUUUAGCUUCCGUGCACAGUACCAGUUCAUCCGUGCGGAGCUACAGUAUGCGUCGGUUCGAGCAGGAGAUCCAGCAGAAGGAGCUACGGCAGGAGAUGAAGCGGCAUCUGGCCCGGCUCCAGGAGCAGCAGCAGCUGCAGAAGAUCAAACCGAACAUCAUCAUCGGUGAUGUGAUAUCGUGCCCUAUGAACAAACCGAUACUGACGACACCCAGCCCGAUGACUCCGAACUCGGUCGACGACAUACUACCGUCGGUGGACGAGACACAGGAGGUAUUCUCGCCCAACCUAAGCCAACGUUCGGUGAGCGACAGUACGGGCGGAUGUUUCGAUGGACCGUGCAGCUCGACGGAAUUGUUGAAAUAGUGAAUGAGUGGACUUAGCAAACCCAAAACAAGCGCAGUGAUGGUAGGCAAAUGUUAUAUAGAAGCCAUUUUAUGGAAAUUUUUAGACCGAUAAGCUAAACUAAAACAACAGAUGAAAAGGAACCCGAAAACGUAGGACGUACGAACCGGCACAAUCCGGUCUAUGCAUGGUAAGCACAAUGGUGGACAGGUGGAACUUCAGUACUCCUCGCCUGCCGCUAAUCGGCCCAACCGGGGAAAGUCGGCGAACCAAAACGAUCUGGCAUCUCGGGUUUGCGAUCGCGUUAGUAGUAAAUGAUACUGUUUCAAAUGCCAGAAAUUCUGGAGCCUCACGGUAGAUUGACAUUCAUUUAUGCAAUAAGUUAAAUUUAGUGCAAUUUUUUGCUUAUGUUUCGGAUAAAAGGUUCAUUCGGUCGGCUAUACUAGACGUUUAGGGGAGCUAUAGUGUGAAUUACAAACAGAAAAGCAAUAACAGUUUAAAGAUAUUAAUUUAAAGGUUUAGUAACCACCCAAGUAACCACACACACUCGUAAAAAUGUAGACGAAGCGGUCAAACUAAUUUAACUCGAUUAAAUCCUUACUGUUAUGUGAUAAUUAUCGAUAAUUUACACUAGAGCUCGUAGCUUCGUUUCGCAUCAGGAUCGUGCACUCCAAGCCGCGACGAAUCUAGAAGUUCCCGCUGGAACCCAGAAGUAAAACGGCCUCAGUAAACGUUCGUCACUGGCAUCAUUCUUAUGAACUAUCCAUUAAAACAGCAAGCAGUGGUGCCAUCCUUUUUGUCUCUGCCUACCAGUUCAUCAUCAGCGCAUAAGCUGCUCCAUUUUUUGAUCUAUUAACAGCUAGAAAAUAGUUUAAAUACACAGAGAGGUAGAGAGAGAAAGAGGAAGCGAGAGACACAACCAUUAACAAACAACACACUAUAACCAGCGGUACACUGUUCUUACUAAUGUUGCAAAAACUUUAAACAAUGCAGUAGUAGCGUUUUAACCAGAACGCGCACCGAAUGCGCGAUAAUGGUUUUUUCCCCUAUUUUUGAAACAUUCAAUCUAUCAAAUGCCGUUUGAGCGCGUUUUGUAACAACGAUUUCGACUUUGCGUACGAUUCCCAACUAAUCUCUAGUAUUCGCAACGCGCCACUUAACGCAAACUUUUGAUUCCAAACCCGUUUCAAAUAGUAUUUUUAUGUAGUGCAAUGCCCGGAUGCAAAACAAAGUGGCGGUUAGUUCGCGUAGGCAAGCAAAACAAACAACAACAAAUUCCGGCAGUGGCUAAAUUAAUAAAAAAAAAGCAAACAAUUAUGCCAGCAGAGAUGCCCCCAGCGUGUGCGAGACGAAACUGAGAGAGCGACUAUGAGUAUGGCGCGUAUCCCUGUAACGGAACAAGAAUCCCCAGAACAGAACCCAAGUAACUUUAGCACAUGUUCAUGUUGACUUCAAUGUUGUAUUAAUAUUAAGCAAGUACUAAACAUCAACGGAUUACUCGUGCUCAGCCUUAGGCAACAUUAUAAAUUCGAUAAGAUUCUCAGGAUCCGGUUUGUACGGUCGGCGUGAGAAUAGAGGGCGGCGAGGAUAAAGGCGAGGACAUCUGCUGGCAAGGAGACAUGCAGGAGGCUCUGUGGAUUCGGAUUCGAACGAAUGCGCUAGAGCGAAUGAAUUGAUUAAGACACUAUUCUAAACUACAAAUACCAUUACUUUAUACAAGUAGCGUUGUAGGCUAUUAUAAGGCGUACUGUUACGUUGAUGCGGGCGUGGGUUGAGAGUGGCCAACCGUGUACCAGACUAUGGAUCAUUUUUCCGCUGUGUUAUUGGAACGCUUAUUCCACGGCAAAGCAUGUUUGAUUCUCAUGUUCCUUUCACUAUUGUGGUGGUUUUCCAACAAAUUAGGUUUACUGGAAAGUUUCUAAGUUUGACAAAUUUGAUUUUGACAUCUGAUGACAGCGAAAGGAGUUGACCUGCUUCCGUACCACUGUUACCAUUAAAGAUCUCACGCACUCAAGAUGUGAGAUUCGGAUGAGAAAGAUGACUCACAAUGAACAAUCUGUGGAUUGUUCCAUCGAAUGCAUUAUUUAAUUGAAGCAAUAUCAAGUUGGAUCAGCAUUCAUG